UUUCUUGCUGUGUGCAUAAAAAUGUUAUUAAAAUUUAUGAAUUAAAAUGUAGUAAACAUUAUCGAUUUUUGUUAUUAAUUACGUAAGAUUAGCAACUAUAUCGACAUCAUUUACUUUUUUUUUUUGUUAUGUUAAUAUUGUUUUAAAAAUUAAAUAUUCAACACGACUUCCAAAAGUUUAAAAAAAAAUGGAUAUCGAAGACUCGCUAAACGACGUUGUAGCAAUAAAUUCAGAUGACGACGACGAGGAAAAUUCAAAUUCUGACAAACCGAUAAUUCAACUCUUCAAGAGAUUAAUAACCAACAACAGUAAACAGUGCACUGUGUUGACAAACACACAGAUCGUUGAUAUACUUAAUAAGGAAUUUAAUGUUAAUUUAUCAGAACUGCACGAUCUGGAAGGAGAUAUAUAUCUAACGAUCAUGAAAAAAUAUCUUAAGGACUGGCCGCAAUGGGACGAAUUCGAUAGAGUCAUCAGUAGUUUAAAAGAUAAAAAUAAAGAAGCUGAAAUGGAAAGGAUAUUUGAAACUAAAUACAUUAAUUUAAAAAACUAUUUAAAGAUCAUGCUCCAUUCUGCACGAAUUUUGGCGAAGGAAACAGUUCAAAAACUCGUAGAUAGUAAAAUUGAACUGACCAAAGAAUCAAACAAAGAUACUUCAGAUAGAACAGUUGUUCUUGAAAUCCAUGCGUCGAGAAACCAGCUCAAUCAAUUAUUCUUCCGACAGCCUAAUAUGAACCUAAAUAAUACAGUUUUCAAUGCUACAUACUCUUUACCGACUCAGAUACAGCUUAAAACGUUACCUCUAGAGGCUAUACUUAACUGGUGGGGAGUUCAUAUAUGCCUAUUAAAUGUCACAAACUCAUAUGUUUACAAACGUGAAACUAAACAUGAACUUAAACAUGUUCUCGUCAACAAAUGCAUAACGUCAAGAUUGAAUCCGUCAUUAGUUUUGGAUCAGAACAUUCAAGUUAGUAAUUACCAACGUAAUACAAGUAAGAUCGAUACAUCUGUAUACAUAGAAUUAAUCAAUAAAAUCUCAUCCAAGUCACCCGAAUCUAGUGAUAUAUAUGAAUUUAUAAAAAAAGAUUUAAAACUGCUCCCUCAAUCGGUUCUACCCAGAGUUAUUUAUAAGAGAUAUACAAAUAAAUAUUCUUACAUAAGAUAUCUAUAUGUGAAUACACAUAAUGAUGUAAGCGCUGAAUUUAAAAACAUUGAUCUCCAACUCGAGGAAAUGGUGUCACCGAUGUACACAACAGUACUCGGACAAAUUCUUGAUUCAACUCCAUCUUUGAUAGUCGAGUGUGAACCUUGCUCGGCUAAAUUUACAGGACAAAAUUUAGUCAAUGAACUAAAGAAUCACUUCAAUGAACAACACCAGAAUGAACCGGAUUGGAAAUGUACAAAUUGCAAGAAAAGAAUAACAAUGUCGGCAUUAGCACAAAACUGGUGGUGUCAUCGAUGCUAAGAAUAUUACAAACACAAGAAUACAUGCACAGGAUCUAAGGCAGGACAACCUUUAUGAAAUUAACGAGUUAAAAAAAUUGUCAAGUGCAAGUUUAACAAGCAACAAAAUAAUAAAGACACUUAAUGUAACUAAAUAUUAUAGGUUUAAAUGAAAUAUUCAUUUUUGUUUGUUUCAGUACACAUGUGUCAUAUUUUAAGUGUACUGUGACUGACUUUGUAUUUUUUUAUAAAAGAAAUAAAACCUGUAUAUUCG